UUGUCUCUUUGGAGGCAGUGAGUCUUCAGACCCUCGACUCUCUUUCUCACCCCGAACCUCACUCGUGUUUACAGUAAUGGAGGCUUGUCUCGCCCCCGGGUGUCCGGACCUGGACCUGACGGAGGACCUGGCUCAGCAGCUUGAGGACAUCAUCAGCACCUACCAAGAGGAGGAGUCGCCCCCCGACCAAGACCAGGAGGAGGGAGAGGAGGUCCCGCCCACAAAGGAGACCCCCGGGUCCCGAAAAGAGCAGAAACUGGAGAAAAAGCUGCUGAAAAACCUCGGGAAGGAAGCCAUGCUCCUGAUGCAGAGUCUGAACAAACUGAACACUCCUGAGCAGAAGCUGGAGGCCAUCAUCAAGAAACACGCUGAGCUGCUGGAGGAGCACCGGGGGGAGCAGAAGCAGCUGAAGGUGCUGCAGAAGAGGCUCCUGCAGGUGAUGAAGGACAAAGAUCAGCUGCAGAGCGAACACAGUCGGGCGGUUCUGGCUCGCAGUAAACUGGAGGGACUCUGCCGAGAACUGCAGAGACACAACAAGACCCUGAAGGAGGAGACGCUGCAGCGCUGCCGGGAGGACGACCUGAAGAGGAAGGAGAUCACGACGCACUUCCAGGGAACGCUGGGCGAGAUCCAGGCGCAGAUCGAGGAGCACAGCGGCAGGAACACCAAACUCUGCGAGGAGAACGGCUCGCUGGCCGAGAAACUGAAAGGCCUCAUCACUCAGUACGACCAGCGGGAGGCGAACCUGGAUAAGGUUUUCAAACACAGAGACCUGAAGCAGAAGCUGCUGGAGACGAAGCUGACGCAGAGCAACGUGAUCCUGAAGGAGACGGAGGACAAGCACAAGCUGGAGAGAGAGCUCCUUAUGACACAGAUGGCGACGUUUAAAUCCAAAGUGAAGACGAUGAGGGAGCAGGAGGCGGACAUGAAGAUACAGCUGGCGAUGUACUCGGAGAAGUUCGAUGAGUUUCAGGGAACCGUGUCGAAAAGCAACAGCGUGUACAGCGGCUUCAAACUGGACAUGGACAAAAUGGCGAAGAAGAUGAAGAAACUGGAUAAAGAGUGCCAGUCGUGGAAGAGUCGCUUCGACAACUGUAACAAGGGCCUGGUGGAGAUGGUGAACGACAAAAGCAUCAAGGAGAAGGAGUUUGAUCUGGUCCUGGUGAAGAACCAGAAGCUGGAGAACCUGUGUCGGGCUCUGCAGGAGGAGAGGAGGAGUUCUUCUGUCAAAGUGCAGGAGGCAGGAAGUGCUCCCCAAUCCACGGAGAAGGAAACACCGCAGGAGGUCCAGAAACUGGAGGAGAAACAGGACGUCCAGAAGGUCCAAGAGGUCCAGAAGGGCCAAGAGGUCCAGCAGGGCCAAGAGGUCCAGAAUGUCCAAGAGGUCCAAGAGAAACAAGAAGUCCAGAAACAAGAAGUCCAGAAACAAGAAGUCCAGAAACAAGAAGUCCAGAAACAAGAAGCUGAAUCUCUUCCGGCUGAAACUCUGCUGAGCAAAGAGAGAAAUAAGCUGAAAGCAGAGCAGAGCCGCCUGCAGGAAAUCUUCCUCAUCUCUCAUACCAUCCCCACAGAGACUGACAGCCAAUCACAGGAGCUCCCUGAGGAGGAGGAGGCGGGGCUAAGGGAGGAAGAGGAGCAGAAUAAGGAGGAAGAAGGCCAAAUUCAGAGAGACCUGGAGAUGCAGUCUGUGGAUUAAUGUGGAGAAUAUAAAUGUGUGAGAUUCAUAUCAAUAAAAAGAAACAA